UCAAUUCUAUGUAUGCCAAUAUACUUCUCUAUCCCUUUUUUAGACUGAUCAGAGAGAAAAUGUACAACAGUUUUAGCUCUCGAAAGGAAAAGAAGUAAGAACGUUGAAGAACUCUGAGAAAUCUAAAAAGAGACUCAGAUAUGGAAGAGGCUAUAGCAGAUACUAAACGAGAGAAAAGGAUUAUGCAUUACAGCAGCAAUCAGAAGAUACUGUUAGUGGGUGAGGGCAACUUCUCUUUUGCUGCUUGUUUAGCCAAAGAGUUUGGCUCAGCGAAGAACAUGGUUGCCACUUCUCUUGACUCCAAAGAGUCAGUAUUGGCCCAGUAUUCAAAUGCAGCGCCAAGAAACUUGAGAAAAUUGGAGAACAUGGGAUGUGUUAUACUGCAUGAAGUGGAUGUACACACCAUGAGGCAACACUCUCUCUUAAUCGAUCAACUGUUUGAUCGGAUAGUCUUCAACUUUCCUCAUGCUGGUUUCGUAUUUAUGGAAAGCAAGAAGAAGAAAACAAAGUUCUUUAUGGAAAGCGACAAGAGGCAAAUCGAGUUGCAUCAGGAUUUGGUGAGGAGAUUCUUCACCAGCGCAUGUAAGAUGCUGAAAGAACGUGGAGAAGUUCAUGUGACUCACAAGACCGCACAUCCAUUCAAUAAGUGGGAGAUAGUGAAAUUAGCAGAAGAGGCUGGGUUAUAUCUGGUUGAGGAAGCAUCGUUUUCAAGAGGGGAUUAUCCCGGUUAUUUAAACAAGAGAGGAAGUGGGAAGAAAUGCAACCGCACAUUUCCUGUUGGAGAAUGUAGCACCUACAAAUUUGCCAAGCUGCCGCUUCUUGAAUUUUCAUUCACAACAAUAAAGAUCAUGUAAGUAGGAAAUGAUUUGACUUGUGUGAAAAUCAAUGUCAAUUUGAUUUGAGUUUGCAUA